GUCAUGCAUUGGUCCUCGGUGAUCACUCCCUUCUCAGAGUUCUCUGCCCCUCUCCUUUGGAGUGUUACAGUUGGACCAGAUGGCAGGGCUUACUGGAGGUGGCCUUAGUUGAGGAGCCCGCACGUGUGGCCUCGCACUUCUACCAGACCCUGGUUCCGUUCAUGCUGCCAGAAAGGUGCCGCCUUGAUGACAAGGUUAUUCGGUUUGUUUCCAUAGACCACGGCCCCGUACCCUUUUUUUAGGGGUCCCAGCCACCUGUGGGCGUCACUUCUUGUGGGGAUGGAAACAAAGGCAAAACAAGCACCAGAGUGCAGGUCUUCCUUUUGGGCGGGUGGCUCAGGUGUGGGGGGUAACCCAGAGGGGUCCUAGGGAAGACAGGGGUCUGAGAACUCCUGGAGGAGGAGAAGAGGGGAAGGAGGUGGAACAGGGAGAACUGGCCUCUCGUUCUUGACGCCAGCCCUCUGGUUAUCAGCUCUGGCUGCCUUCCUCGAGUUAUGUAACCCCCAAAACGUGGCAUCCCAGGGAGGGAAAAAGAGAAGAGGCGGAACGGAGGAUGGUGGUGACGAGGGGGAAGCGCCGCCUCUCUUUGCACCCCAUAGGUUGUCUUUGGAAUUAAUGGAGGACCCCUCAUCCCUCACCACCACCACCCCACGAACCUUGAGCCCUCACCCCCGCUGUAUUCCAGCGGAUUUUCCCGCUUUGUCCCACCCGCCCUAGCAAGGCACCCGAGGCUCCGGAUGGAGUUUCCUCUCCAAAGCUCACAGCCCUGCUACCUUGGCCACGUCAACUAACCGCCGCUCCGAGCCUCAGUUUACCAGUCUGUAACCUGAAGUUUGACUGAAAUUCAGACCACGUGCAAAGCGCCUGGCAUAGGUGCCCGCCGUGGGAUGGGCGCGCGGUCCGAUGGACUGUGCGGUGGCUUCGCAGGCAGACAGUGGAGGGUCGGGCACCGGUGAGGCUGCAGCACUGGGUCGCCGGGCAGGCCCCGGCCCGCCGCCGCCGGGGGUCCUCGCGGCCCACCCGAAGACCUCAGAACAGCAUGUCCGGCUGCGAGUCAUCAAGAAGAAAAAAAUCAUCGUCAAGAAGCGAAAGAAGCUAAGGCAACCCGGUCCUUCGGCGACCGCCAGGCCUUUGGUGACCACCAACCCAGCGAAGACCCUCCCUCUCCCUGAGAAACAAGAACCAGGAUGUCCCCCUCUAGGCCUGGAGUCCUUACGGGUUUCAGAUAGUCAGCUUGAGGCCUCUAGCAGCCAGUCCUUUGGUCUUGGACCACACCGAGGACGGCUCAACAUCCAGUCAGGUCUGGAAGAUGGUGAUCUGUAUGAUGGGGCUUGGUGUGCCGAGCAACAGGACACCGAGCCUUGGUUUCAAGUGGAUGCUAAGAAUUCUGUCCGCUUCUCGGGAAUUGUUACGCAGGGCAGAAAUUCUGUGUGGAGGUAUGACUGGGUCACAUCAUACAAAGUUCAGUUCAGCAAUGACAGCCAGACCUGGUGGAAGAGCAGGAAUCACAGUAGUGGGAUGGACAUGGUAUUUCCUGCCAAUUCAGACUUAGAGACCCCAGUGUUGAACCUCCUGCCAGAGCCUCAGGUGGCUCGCUUCAUUCGCCUGCUGCCUCAGACCUGGUUCCAGGAAGGUGCACCUUGCCUCCGGGCAGAGAUCCUGGCCUGUCCAGUCUCAGAUCCUAAUGACCUGUCUCCUGAGGCCCACACGCUGGGAUCUUCUGACUCUCUGGACUUCCGGCAUCACAAUUAUAAGGCUAUGAGGAAGUUGAUGAAACAGGUGAAUGAACAGUGUCCCAACAUCACCCGCAUCUACAGCAUCGGGAAGAGCCACCAGGGUCUGAAGCUGUAUGUGAUGGAGAUGUCAGACCGGCCUGGGGAGCAUGAGCUGGGAGAGCCUGAGGUCCGCUACGUGGCUGGAAUGCAUGGGAAUGAGGCCCUGGGGCGGGAGUUACUUCUGCUUCUGAUGCAGUUCUUAUGUCACGAGUUCCUACGAGGGGACCCACGAGUGACUCGGCUGCUUACCGAGACCCGUAUUCACCUGCUGCCCUCCAUGAAUCCUGAUGGCUAUGAGACUGCCUACCACAGGGGCUCAGAGCUGGUGGGCUGGGCAGAGGGUCGCUGGACCCACCAGGGCAUUGACCUUAACCACAAUUUUGCUGACCUCAACACACCACUGUGGUAUGCAGAAGAUGAUGGGCUGGUACCCCACACUGUCCCCAACCAUCACCUGCCACUGCCUACGUACUAUACGCUGCCCAAUGCCACUGUGGCUCCUGAAACGUGGGCAGUGAUCAAAUGGAUGAAGCGUAUUCCGUUUGUGCUGAGCGCCAACCUCCAUGGGGGUGAACUUGUGGUGUCCUACCCUUUCGACAUGACUCGGACGCCGUGGGCCGCUCGUGAACUCACCCCCACACCGGAUGACGCUGUCUUUCGCUGGCUUAGCACGGUCUAUGCUGGCACUAACAGGGCCAUGCAAGACACAGAUCGCCGACCUUGUCACAGCCAGGACUUCUCCUUGCAUGGCAACGUCAUUAAUGGAGCCGACUGGCACACAGUUCCUGGGAGCAUGAACGACUUCAGCUACCUACACACCAAUUGCUUUGAGGUCACUGUGGAGCUGUCCUGUGACAAGUUCCCUCAUGAGAGGGAGCUGCCUCGGGAGUGGGAAAACAACAAAGACGCCCUUCUCACGUACCUGGAGCAGGUGCGCAUGGGCAUUGCAGGAGUUGUGCGGGACAAAGACACAGAGCUGGGGAUUGCGGAUGCUGUCAUUGCUGUGGAGGGCAUUAACCACGAUGUUACAACAGCAUGGGGCGGAGAUUAUUGGCGAUUGCUGACUCCUGGGGACUACGUGGUGACAGCCAGUGCCGAGGGCUACCAUACAGUUAAACGUCAUUGCCAGGUUACCUUUGAAGAGGGCCCUGUUCCCUGCAAUUUCCUACUCACCAAGACUCCUAAGCAGAGGCUUCGAGAGCUGCUGGCAGCCGGGGCUAAGGUGCCCCCAGACCUUCGGAGGAAGCUAGAGCGGCUGAGGGGACAGAAAAAGUAAUGUCUUCAGCUGAAGAGAGCUACAUCCUUGGACAGGCCGGACCUGUCUGUAACUGAGGGAGGAGG